AUCGAAACCUUUCUCUCGCACAUUUACCUCGAAAAUGAAAGUAACAUUUCGUAGACUUGCAAAGUUCAAGUUGUGCAAUUACGUUCGUCAGAUACACACCAGAAAACUAAUUAACAUCCAAGUAAAAGAUAUGGCGAGCAACAAAAAGGAGCAACUUUUCAAAUAUCUUCUGAUUCUGGAUUUUGAGGCGACGUGUGAUAAAAAGGCUCCACUUAUUCCACAGGAAAUUAUUGAAUUCCCAGUGAUCAAGUUGAACACAUCCACACUAGAGUCAGAAGCUGUUUUUCACACGUACGUGGAACCUGACGUUCAUCCAAGGUUAACACCUUUCUGUACAGAGGUAAAGUGUUCUAUACACCAAAACCAUGAGAAAUACAGGUACCCCGAAUUCAUAAAACAGCAAAGCUAGCAAUAAAUUAC